UUUGUCCGUCUGUUUGUCCCACUCAGGCCAAGUCUUCGUAUAAAGCGCGGUCGGAUCUUUCGAAAUUUCUCUUCCCAGAAACAAACAUCUUUUAAAGAUGGUAAGUUUCAAUCCGUUUCAAUCCGAAUUGAAAAAACCUUUUACUCUUGUUUCUUUUCAUUGAAAUAGAAGAAUGAAUACAUUGCUAAAUAUUUAAAUGCUUAUUUUCUAAAAAGGUCAAUAUUCCGAAGACGCGUAAGACCAUUUGUAAAGGCAAAUGCAAGAGGCAUACUCUUCACAAAGUAACACAGUACAAAGCUGGAAAAGCUAGUCUUCACGUUCAAGGUUAGAAAAUGUUUUGGGAACUAUAUUUUGAAAUAUGAAAUUCUCGUGGCUAAGGACAUAAUGUACGGUGCCUUUUAUAAUAGUUAAAAUAUAAGAUAAUAAUUGUUGUAUUAAAAUUAGUAUAUUUUAUUGAAAUCAGAAAAUAUUUUUGCCUAGGAAAGCGACGUUAUGAUAAAAAACAGCAAGGAUUUGGUGGACAAACUAAACCUGUUUUCCAUAAAAAGGUUUGUACAUUAACAGAUUUACAGUCUCAAAAAUUAAACUUCAUUUAGAGGGUCAAUGGAAACUUCAUUUAGAGGGGCAAUGGGUGUCCAUUUAUAUAAUCUACCAUUUAUGAUCUAUUUUUUCCAACUUAGGCAAAGACAACGAAGAAGAUUGUGUUGAGAAUGGAAUGCACCGAAUGCAAGCGUCGGAAACAAGUGCCCAUUAAGAGAUGUAAACAUUUCGAACUUGGUGGCGACAAGAAGAGAAAGGUAUGAUCCCCCCCUGGAAAAUUGGUUGUACAGUCACCUCAACACAUUACUCCAGUAUAUAUCGAGCCCACUAGUUAUUGUCACAACUCCUGAACAUUAUAGUCCAGUGGUUGUUGCCGACACGGUAUGAAGGGACAUGGUAUGACAAGGUUUCUAAUUGAUUUUUUUUCUCUAUUUUCUUUAGGGACAAAUGAUCCAGUUCUAACUUCCAAGCUCAAUAAAUAUUUGUUGAUAUUGUGUAUUUCUGUGUGUCUUCUUCAUUCAUAAUUAACUUGGGGCGGCAG